CCACAACUAAUUUGAGACAGCCGUUCUACCUCACGCUGCUCACGCUGCUCACGCUGCUCACGAUGAAUGAGCAGACGGCCGGUGACGAUGAUAUUACCGCCGCCACCGAACGUUCCCCUCUUCUGAGGAUUGAUGAUACUUCCGAGAUACCGGAGUCGUUUUGGAAGCCUGGCCAUUCGAGGACAUCAACCGUAACCUCAUCCAUCGCCAGCGCUACCAUCAGCGUGCCAACAGUGCGCAAACCUGGUGCUAUACUCGGCUUAUUCUUCAUCAUAAUAUUCGCCGUUUCUGCUGCGGAUGCUUUCAAACAGAUACCUAUGACUAGAAUAUUUGAGGAUAUCCUAUGUCAUGAGUAUUACGAUGCCGCUUUCGCUCCGGAUGCGCCUAUUGAUGAAGAACUCUGCAAGGUCAACGCCAUUCAAUCCAACUUAGCGUACCUACUUGCUGUCCUCGAGUCUUUAAACUCUGGGGUCUCCUGUCUUGUUGCCUUGCUCUGGGGUAUCGUAGCUGAUCGUGUCGGGCGCAAGCCAGUGUUCAUUAUUUGUUUAACUGGAAUGGUACUUAAUCUACUAUGGGUGAUGGUCGUCGGCUGGUUUUCCUGCGCGCUGUCGUCUCGACUCAUUUGGAUAUCAUCGCUUGCUCACCUGGGUGGCGGAUCUCCGGUUUUACUUGCAUGCGUAUACAGUAUUCUGAGCGAUGUAGUAUCCGAAUCAGAUAGGUCAAUUACCUUCAUGCGCAUACAUAUAACGAGCAUAAUCGGCAAUCUGAUCUCUCCAGCCGUAGCGUCGGCAAUGAUGCCCUCAACCGGCCCCUGGCCACUCAUGUUAAUCACUUUUGCAUUAUGGAUCAUAUCUCUUGGUCUGGUUACUUUAAUACCGGAAACGUUUCACAGGGAACAAUCCGGAGAUGGCGAUUCUCAUUCCAUAUCAUUCAAAGCGCGCACAGUGCAGGGCCUUCUCCAGCUAAGAGACUCACUCUCUAUCAUUCGAAUACGCUCCGUCUUUCUGCUCCUCUGUAUCUUCUUUCUGUCGUAUCCGACUAUCAUGUGUACCCUACAGUUCAUGGUUCAGUUCCUCUCGAAGCGAUAUCACAUUCACUUGGCAGAGACUGGUUACGUACAAUCCAUAUACGGUAUCGCUCACAUUGUUGUAGUUCUCAUAAUAAUCCCCUCCGUAUGUAACAUGAUUACCAGACCAUCGACCCCUAGGUGGCUACGAAUAGAGGACGAAGAAAAGCGAGAUUUGGUACUAGUGCGUUGGUUUUACGCAGCCUCUAUGGUCGGAUCUUUGAUUCUUGGCAUUGCUCCGUCUCUAUCAGUAUUCGUGUUCGGUCUUAUCGUCAUGUCCAUCGGAUCCAUAUCGUCGAGCUUCAUCAAAAGCAUCGCAGCAUCACACGUCGACUCCGAGCACCGAUCAAGGCUAUUCACCAUCAUCGCUAUCGUAGAAGUGGGUAGCAAUAUAUGGACGAUGCCUGUCCUUGCGGGACUUUUUGCGCUUGGCAUGAAGUUGGGCGGGGAAUGGAUGGGCUUACCAUACUUCGGCGUGUCACUCACGUGUCUCGCCAUGCUAGUCCUGUCAUUGUCGGUGAGAGUACCGGCAACCAAGAGUGGCGCUGAAGAGUCUUCACUAGUUCAUGAGCCCGUCUUAGGAACUAGCGCAUGAUGACACUAAAGGAGCUUUUGAUUCCAAUUGGAACGCGACUGUGAGAUUUAAGUUGUUUCGCUACAGAGUGGUUGAGUAUUAGGCCGAUUCUACCAUAACAUGAAAUGGAUUAUGACGAA